CCCUCCUCAACACCUGAUCGCUCAACAAUAAAGCCCCUGCCCUCCAUGAACUAAUCCUAGACAACACUCUGGACUUCCUUCUGCUCAGUGAACCUGGCAACAACCCAAUAAUUUCUUCACUCUCAACCAAGCAUCCCCCCCUGGCUACAACUACAUCUGCAAACCCAGCCCCUCCCGCUGUGGAGGUGGCCUCGCUGUUAUCUUCAAUCAAAACUUUCGGAUCACAGAACUCACCCUCCCCUCAGUAUCAUCGUUUGGAUAUCUCGCCUUCAAAGCUCUUUCCUCCGUGACAGUCAUCCUCAUUUACCGGCCACCUAAACCAAAUCCCUCCUUCCUCUCUGAUUUUACUGAACUCCUCACACUAGCCUCAUCUCUCUCUCCACGUCUGCUGCUACUCGGUGACUUAAACAUCCACAUGGACUCCCCCACCUGCAAGCUCUCAUCAGAAUUCACCAUUUAACUGGAUAACUUCUCUCUCACCCAACAUGUCACAUUCCCCACCCAUGAAAAAGGACAAAUCCUCGACCUGGUCUGCUCCACUAACCAACUGGUGCUCGACCUCCAUCCAUGCCUCUUUCCCCUCUCUGAUCACAAACUGAUAUGUUUCACCAUCCCUUCUCCAAACGCACGCCCCCGCCUCCUCAGAGAAAUCACCUUCCGCAACCUUAAAUCAAUCGAUCCCCACCAUCUCUCUGACCUGCUCUCCACCACUCUCCACCUGGACUCAACCCUCACCUCCCUCAACACUCUGGCCCCCCUCAAAACAAAAACUGUCACUUUUAACACCACUUCACCCUGGUACACACCUGCACUCCGGAAAAUGAAACAAACUGGCCGCCAACUUGAACGUCUGACAAAGAAAUCAUCCCUCACAGUCCAUCAUGAAGCCAAUAAACUCCAUCUCACUGCUUACAAAGACGCCCCCAUUGCUGCUAUAUCUGCCUACAUUUUCACCAUCCUCACCGACCCCUGCCAAAACCCCAGAACCCUCUUCUCCACAACCAACACCCUCCCGACCUCUACUCCGGAUCUUUGUAACUCAUUCUUCCACUUUUUCUCUGACAAAAUCAACAUCAUCUACCAAUCUCUAUCCCCUGUAUCUCACCUCUCAAGAUCUACUCCAGCACCCACCAUGGACCCUCCUCUCCCCAUCCUGACCUCCCGACCCCUCCUCCUCACUGCCUCCUCUCCCAGUUUGACCCAGUCACUCCUCCUGAAAUCUCCAAACCCACUACCUGCUCCCUUGACCCCCUAACUCCACUCAUGAAGUCCUGCCUCCCCGUCCUAUGCCCCUACCUCACUAACCUCUUCAACUCCUCACUGUCCCUUGGAACUGUCCCCUCUGCCUUCAAAAAUGCAGCUGUCACCCCAAUCCUUAAAUAACCUGGGGCCUCAUGUAUCAAUCUUGUGUACGCACGAAAACACGGCGUACGCCAGCUUUCACGUUCACGGUCAGAUGUACUAACAGUGAAAUUAACGUAAGAAUGUGCGUUCUUCCACGUAAACUUCAGGCCUGGCGUACGUACAUUUUUAUGAUGUUUGUCCGUUGGCGACUCAUAGAGGCAAUAAAGUGAAGUGGCAAACAUUACACUACGAACUGUUCUAUCGCACCUGCCAGAUAUUGCUUAUAAUUUGUAAUUGAUAAAUGAUUUGCCAUAUUAUUGUCACACGAGUCUUAUUAGAAUAUUCUAUUAAUUAUGCAAUUAAGUAAGAACAUAUAUAAAGGAUGUUAAAAUUGAUACAACCCGUCUAGCAAUGGCAGCUUUGGCUUUAUUAGAAGACAUUUUCAAUGGACAAAUCCGGAGAGAACGGGUUUUUAGGGACCACAGUGAUUUUCUGGCCCACGAUGAUGACUGGCUUAUCAGCCGUUUCAGAUUUCCAAGGGCUAUACUCUUGGAGCUCUGCGCUGAGUUGGGUCCGAAUUUGGAAAGAGAGACAGUGAGAAGCCACGCAUUACCCGUUCCUUUACAGGUGCUUACUACACUUGGUUUCCUAGCAACCGGUUCUUUCCAAAGAGAACUGGCAGACCGCUCAGGAAUAAGCCAGUCGUGUUUGAGCUGUGCAAUGCCACCUGUAUGGGACGGCAUCAUCCGCUUGUCUACCAGGUAUAUAACGUUCCCAUACGAUGCAGGUGACCAGCCAAACAUCAAAGCGCAAUUUGCAGCGAUAGCCGGUUUUCCUAAUGUAAUCGGAGCGAUCGACUGCACACAUAUUGCUAUAAAGGCGCCAUCUGAAGACGAAUUUGCAUAUGUGAAUCGGAAACAUUUCCAUUCAAUAAAUGUGCAGAUUAUAUGUGAUGCACAAAUGCGCCUAACAAAUAUUGUGGCAAGGUGGCCUGGGUCAACCCAUGAUUCAUAUAUCCUUACAAACAGCAUGGUUGGGAUGAGACUCCAAGCUGGCAGGGUGCGCGAUGGGUGGCUACUUGGAGACAGUGGUUAUCCACUAAAGACGUGGCUGUUAACCCCCCUCACCAACCCACAAACUGACCGAGAGCGCAGAUACAAUGAUGCCCAUUCCCGCACUCGGUCAGUUGUGGAGCGGGCGAUUGGGCAGCUGAAAUGUCGGUGGCGCUGCCUUGACAGGACCGGGGGGAUGCUGUUAUACCGCCCUGACAAGGUUUGCCGCAUCAUACUGGCCUGUGGAGUGCUGCACAAUGUCGCGCACAGGCAUGGCAUACCCCUUGGUGAGGUGGGGGCACCGCCAGAUGACCCUGACCCAGGACCAGUAUAUGUGCAGCACAAUCAACAAGCCAUUCAGGCCCGUCAACGUGUAAUUGCGACAAUAUAAAUGAACAGCAUGCGUCAAGACACGGCCAGAUGGACGGGCUUCAGCACUGGUGGGAACAUUAGAGACACGGGAGACGCUGGACUGAAUGGGCUCUGGCUGCUCAGGUGGUGGACUCUGAGUGCGUGCCAGUGGACGUUCCUGCGGUUCCUAAGUCCAAAUAAACACAGGCACAUCUUAACAGUAAUUUCAGUCUGUUCCUUAUUAAUGGGUACACGCAUUUGCAAUAAAAGCAGUGGAUACGUGAAAUCUCUGGUGUAC